AUGAACAACAGCGCCCGUAAUCUGGGGCUCGUUUCGCCACGUACACCCAAUCCGUCUAAAAGAAAUUUGUCCAGUUCGUCCCAGUCGCCGAGUCUAACUGACAAAAAAUCAAAAGUUUUUAUAACACCAAAUCAUUUUGCCGUACUCGCCACAAAUGACUCCUGUGACCAAGAAGCCGCAGCCACGUCCGCAUCCAACUCGAUGGACGCUCUUCCAGCGAACCAGCCUCACAACGUUCAGGUCAGAGACCCAGUCAUUCCACCUAUCUUUGUUAAAAACAUAGAGAACUUUUCCUCUUUCAAUACCAUCUUAACCAAUAUCACCAGCCCAAAAGGUUUCAUCUGCAGUUCAUCAUCGGCAUACCUCAAGGUUAUACCCUCAAGUCGUAUAAAUUACAAUAAAAUCAUUGACUACUUACAUGAAAUAAACGCCAGUUUCCACUCACAUACCCCCGUCACCUCCGCACCUAUAGAGUCGUUAUUAGAAACCUGCACUAUUCCACAUUAA